AUGGCAGCAUCGUGUCAAAGUGACGACCAUCCGCCACCAGGUGUGGUAGAACUACGCGAGGAUGUGCCCCUAAAAUCAAGCGGAUCAGAUCCUAGACGCUGCGCGGGGCCGCGCCUCAUCUCAACCGCUUUUGCAGCCCUCUCUGCCGCCAUCACUCUCGCUCUACUCACGCAGAUAUACUAUGGAGACUAUGAGGUGGUGCCGCACGGGUCGGUGGCGACGUCGGAGGCGCGCUGCUCGCGCGGCGGGCUGGCGCUGCUGCGCGAGGGCGGAGGCGCCAUGGACGCGGCCGCCGCGGCGGCGCUCUGCCUCGCCGCCGCCUCGCCCGCCGCCACCGCCCUAGACGCGAGUGGCUCGCUGCUGUACUGGGAGUACCGGCUGCGACACGAGGAGCCGCCCGUGCUGGCCGAGUGGGGCGCGGCGGGGGAGGGAGGGGCGGCGGCGGGGGCGGGGGCGGGGGCAGGCGGAGGGUGGCCGCGGCUGCCGUGCGCGCUGGCGCAACUGCACGCGCGCCGCGGCCGGCUGCCGUGGGCGCGGCUGCUCACGCCCGCCCUGCGCCUCGCCAGCGGGAUGGAGGACGGUGUCGAGGACGGCGCUUCGACGGGAGCGCGCACUCCGACUCCGAACGUCGCCCUCGCCGAGCUGCUGCGUCACCUGCAACGGAACACCAGUGCCGAGGUGUGGUCCGCGUGCGGCUGGCCGGGGCUGGUGCGCGAGGCGCCGGCGCGGCCGGUGGCGGCGGCGGGGUGGCGCGGCUUCGCGGGCGGGGCGCGCCCCGUCGGCGACGCGCUCGCCCUGGCGCUGGCCGGCGACGCGGACGGCGCGCUGGCCUCGCUGGAGCGCGCCCACUCGCGCGGCGCCUGGAACGCCUCGGGCACCAACAGCGGCCUCGCCGUCGCCGACCCCUUCGGCGCCUACGCGGUGCUCGUCACUUUGUUACUUGGUCUUCCCACCCCCAACUUUCCAAGUAUGAAGCGCGAGUUUCUCCGCUUGAGGAGGGCUCAACCCCGUUGUUCGGCCCACAAGUACCUCUAUCAGGCAACAGCUUUUCUCUAUCGGCAGCGGGGUGCUAGAGCACGUGCC